AUGAAUGAGGUGCCAGAGAGGGAAGAAAUCAUGGAGGCUAUGGGGGAGAUACAAGAGUCAGCACCGGGAGAAGAUGGGCGUGUUACACAAAAAAAGCGCUGGAAGUGUUCUCAGUGUCGGAAAACCUACGCUUAUAAGAGCCGUUUGAAACAACACACAAGAACCCACACUGGUGAGAAACCAUUUGUCUGUUCACAUUGUGGCCGAAGAUUCUCUCAUAAGGUACACUUAAAAACACACACAAGAACCCACACCGGCGAGAAACCUUUUGCAUGUUCGAUUUGUGGCAGUAUAUUCUCUCAGAAGGGAAGCUUGAUAAGUCACAUCAGAGCCCACACUGGUGAGAAACAUUUUGCAUGUUCAGUUUGUGCUCAAAGAUUCUCUCAUAAGACGAGCUUCGAAAUACACACAAGAACCCACACCGGUGAGAAACCUUUUUCCUGUUCAGUUUGUGACCAGAGAUUCUCUCAGAGGACAUACUUAAAAACACACACUGGUGAGAAACCUUUUACCUGUUCAGAUUGUGGCGAAACAUUCUCUCUGAAGCAUCACUUAAAAAUACAUUCCAGAACCCACACUGGUGAGAAGCCCUCUGAAUGUUUAAUUUGUGGCCAAAGAUUCUCUCAGAACGGACACUUAAGAAGUCACACGAAAUACCAGAGUGGUGAGAGACCUUUUGAAUGCCAAAUUUGUAGCCAAAAAUUAUCUCAUAAGGGAGGCUUGAAAAGGCACACAAGAACCCACACAGGUGAGAAACCAUUUGGAUGCUCAGUUUGUGACCAUCGAUUUUCUCAGAAGGAUAAGAUCAAGAGAAACAAGUGUGCUGGUUUGGGGUUGCAGAGUGCUGACCCAUGAG